ACACCAAAAUUGCGGAGUUCUCCUCCUCCAUCUUCUGCAGCGGCCCCGCGCAAUUUUCCCGUAGCAGUCUGCGUUCUCUGCGUCGAGCUGAAAGCAAUGGGCCACUCCAACAUCUGGAACUCCCAUCCCAAGAACUAUGGCCCCGGUUCCCGCGCAUGCCGUGUGUGUGGGAACCCCCAUGGGUUGAUCAGGAAGUAUGGACUCAUGUGCUGCAGACAGUGUUUCCGCAGCAACGCCAAGGAGAUUGGCUUCAUUAAGUACCGCUGAAGAGCCUUGCACUUUCCCGGGCUGCUGCGCCUAAGCAUCUGAGAACUGAGAUAGUCUUCCAGGAACUUGCAUAAUGUAUUUCUUUUCCUUUACGUGUAUUUGACAUUGAACCAGAUCGCCUAUCUUCAUACAUUUUGGCAUUAUUAUUAUUAUUAUUAUGGAUUGAAUAUAUCUAAUUCCUGAA